CNCCGUCCCGCAGCUCCGCCCGCCGUUCCAGGGUCCCAGUUCCAUCCAGGAAUGGUGAAUUCAAACUGGGAAUGCUGGAGGGGGGACAAGACCUUCAGAGAGAUGAGGCUUUGCUGCUGUUCUGCACAAGAGUGUUGAACACAGCUGUCUCUCCUGGAUUGGCUUUGCCUGGGCUGUGUCCUGCUGGGGUUUAGGACAGAGUGUCACAUCCAAGUCCCCUUGUCGCCUCUCUGCUGACUGGCAGGAUGUGGUGCCAGAGGCUGGCGUGGCUGCUCCGGGGCCGGCGUGGGAGCGCCGGACGUCGCUGGCCGUGGCUGCCCCGGGGCCCUGGGCCCGUCCUGGCUGUCCCUGCACGCUGCCACCCCACGGCCCCAGCGUCCCCCUGCUGUGCCUGGCAGCUGCACCAAGACCAUCUCGAGCUGAGGUACGGCAGCACCGUGAUGCGCCUGGAUUUCGUGUGGCUGCGGGACCACUGCCGCUCCGCCUCCUGCUACAACGCCAAGACCAGCCAGCGCAGCCUGGACACGGCCAGCGUGGACCUGGCCAUCCAGCCCCAGGCCGUGCGGGUGGACGAGACCACACUCUUCCUCACCUGGCCGGAUGGACACGUGACACGGUACGGGCUGGAGUGGCUGGCGAGGAACAGCUACGAGGGGCAGAAGCAGCAGGUCAUGCACCCCCGGAUCCUCUGGAAUGCUGAGAUCUACCAGCAAGCUCAGGUCCCCUCCAUCGACUGCCGGAGCUUCCUGGAGACAGACGAGGGUCUGAAGGAAUUCCUGCAGAACUUCUUGUUGUACGGGAUUGCUUUCGUGGAGAAUGUCCCUCCCACCAAAGAAGACACAGAAAUCUUGGCAAAGAGGAUCAGCAUAAUCAGAGAGACCAUUUAUGGCAGGAUGUGGUACUUCACCUCUGACUUCUCCCGGGGAGACACAGCCUACACCAAGCUGGCCCUAGACCGGCACACGGACACCACCUACUUCCAGGAGCCCUGUGGCAUCCAGGUGUUCCACUGCCUGAAGCACGAGGGCACGGGUGGGCGGACGCUGCUGGUGGACGGGUUCCACGCGGCCGAGCAGGUGCUGCACCAGGCCCCAGAGCACUUUGAGCUGCUGGCCAAGGUGCCCCUCAAACACGAGUACGUGGAGAACGUGGGCGGCUGCCACAACCACAUGAUCGGAGUGGGGCCGGUGCUCAACAUCUACCCCUGGAACAACGAGCUUUACCUCAUCAGGUACAACAACUACGACCGUGCGUCCUGUUUGUGGAUAACUGGCGUGUCCUGCACGGCCGGGAGGCUUUCACCGGGUACCGGCAGCUCUGUGGGUGUUACCUGACGAGGGAUGAUGUGCUGAACACUGCCCGCCUGCUGGGGCUGCAGGCCUAGCCCGGCCUCCAGAGAGCCAGGCAGCCCCAGCCCCACCUCUGGGAGAGGCAGGACCCUCCCAGUGCCACUGCCAGGAGAGGCAGGCAGCCCCCAGACUCAGCUCUGGGAGUUGCUGGCAGCCCCCAGUCCCACUUUUGCCAGCAGCCCCUCAGUGCCAGCCCUGGGAGAGGCAGGAGCCCCCAGCCCCACUCCACACCAGGCCAGCUGGGCUGGUGCCUCCCCAGGUGCUCCAGGCCCUCUGUGCCACUGCAAUACCUCAGGCACCUCCACCCUCUCCAAGCAGCUCCCAGGGCCUGCUCGGGCCAGGGGGCAGGUGGAAACCAAAGGUUGUGGUACCAUUUUUUGGGAUCACGCUCUGCCUUUGAGCACAGGCAGCCCUUGCUGUCCGUGCUCCCAGCCUGGCCCUCCCAGCCAGGGUGGCUCAGUUGUGGUUAAUCCCACCACAGUAAGUGCUCCUCCAAGCAAGUGCCUUCAGGAUUCCCUGUUUGGCCUUUUUUUCCAGCUGCCAGUUUUAGGGGACUUUGAGCAGAGCAGAGUGGAAAUCUCUGGGAUCUUGUCUCUUAUCACUGAUGAAGCAGCCAAGCUGCCUGAGACAGGGCCUGGAGACAUCCUGGUGUGCUUUGAGCAUUUCUGAGAAGGUUUAGGUUAGAGAAGGAAAAGGGAAGCACCAAGAUGUGCAUGGUGUGAAGCAGAGAUCACAAUGUUAGAUGAGGGAUGGAAUUCCCACUUUUCCUGGACUUCCAGGACUGCCACGCUGCUGUUGCCUCUGCCUGUUGCACUGCACUUCUGUUGAGGGCAAUACUCGCAGCCCCAGGGUUUCUGACAAAUUUCCCACCGUGCCUCCUCUUCCAUCCUUUCUUAAGGAAUUGGUGUUAGAUCAUCAUCAUACUCUCUAGUACAUGAAACUCACUCUUUGGGUGUAUUUUUUCCCAAAAUUCUCCUCCUCUGAAUGUAACUCAGAGAUGCCUUUCAGCUCCUGGGAUCUGGCAUGCUGAAGUGCCACAGGGUAAGGCACAAAAGCAAAUCCUGCUGUUGGACAUUUUUCAUUCUGCCAUAUCUUUUGGGGUUUUCCCUCUGCUCUGACCAGACCUUAAAGCAGGGCUGGGCCAAUUCACCCCUGGCUGUGCUGUGUGAGGUGCUCUGUCCUCAGGGCAGGGGCAGUGCAGGUGCACAGGUGCUGAACUUGCUGCUCUUGUUUAAUCCAAACACUGAAUGUAGAGAUCGUGGUGCCAAGACAGUCCUGAAAUCUGCUCUUGCUGUGGGCUGAGCUCCCUGAUGCUCCCAGUGCUCCCUCCCCAGAGCUUCCCAUCCCCAGUGAGCCCCUGGAGUCAGCAGGGAUCAGAGGGAUUUCCAAGCCCAGGCUGGGCAGGUGGUGCCAGGGGCGCUGCCCUCUGUCAGGUGCAGCUCCAGUGGCAGCCUUGGGUCCUGGUAGGACCAAUUUUAAAACUCAGCAGGAAAAUUAAGCCCCCUCCAGCCAACCCCUUUCCAUAGUGGAAAAAAAACACUCUAAGUUCUGAGUUGGAGUCACAAUUUACUGAAGAAAUCGCAAUAAUCACAAUGAUAUUAAUAAAAGAUUGUAU